AUGGCAGCAGAAUCGGACGUUAACCCUCUUCUCAUCACUCUAUCAAUAUUUCCUGGGACUAAUCUAGUGAAAAAGAUGCUUCUCUGUGAAGAAGGAAUUAAGGAGAUAAUUAUCAAUAAAGUAACAGAUGGGAAGAUGAAUGGUAUUGCAUAUGAUAUAGGUCAAAAAGAGUUUAAAGUCGGAAGAGAAAAGAAAAUAAAGCGAUACGCUGAAGAUGGCUUUGAAUAUACAAGCAAGAAGUUGAAAAUAAUUCGAGAUGAGACUAUAACAGUUACACCUGUUGGGAAAGUAAUCAUUACAGACCUUUAUUUUACAAUCAAGCUACGAGAAAAACCAGGAAAGUUUUUUUUGGGAGGAGUGUUACGAAAAAGGAAGAAGUCAAGAUUUGUUCAACCGCUACGGGUCCGCAUUAACAUCGAGAGAUGCCUUUCAAAAGAACACCUUCGUAAAUUUCAUACUAUAAAAAAGGUUAUCUUGAAAAUUAAGGGCAAUUUAGAUAUGACAAAAGUCAUGUUUUAUCAUAUUGCGUAUGUUUCGUAUGUACCGUAUGUACCGAGAGUGGGAGGGGGAAGAUCUAUCCGAAGUGUAACAAAGACAAAUAGUUUUAAUUAUGCUCUUCCAUGGAAAGCAUUGCACCUAUUAGACCUUUUGUUUAUGUGA